AUCGAUCGUACAAUCGUUUACAUGUAGUAGCGGUUGUGCUGGGGGUAUAUAAGCUGUUUAAACUGUACAACAGUUCAAAGUCCAUCCCUUUGUCAACAAAUCGCCCCCACUUUUAUCUGGAGUUCUGAUUGACCAGCAACAGAAUAUGGAUGUUACGCAAGAAGAAAUAAUUCGCCGACUAAAGAAUGUGUACUUAAUUCCGUUUUAUGUACUCUGUGCAGUGUACUUCGUGCUGUACCAGCCAUUUUUGCACUACCCCGAGGAGACAUUUUCUGCAGCAUUCUUCAAAGUGCUACCUAUAUUUGCCUUGAUUGCAUUUGUUAGAUUAAAUGUUGGGGAUGAAAACGUUUUGCAGAAUCCUAUUCCCAAAAGCGACUUCCACAGAUUUACAAUUCUAGGCUUAAUUUUCUCUAGCAUUGGAGAUGCUUGUCUUAUUGCUAGGGAAACCAUGUUCAUUCCAGGAAUGUUAUUUUUCACCAUUGCGCAGGCUUGGUAUUUAUACGCGCUGGGUCCCGGAAGUAAGGGAAGCAGGUUACAAUCUAUAUUUUACCUUGGAGGAGUAGGGACUUUCCUGUUUCUGGAAUCUGGUAUAGAGGGCAUCUUUAUGAAGUUUUUAGUUCUUAUCUACACGGUUCUGAUUUUUACGGUUGCUUGGAGGGCCGCGUCACGAUUUGAGCGGGAAAACACUUACCCUGCGUUGCUGGGAUUUGUAGGAAUCCUAUUGUUCACUCUAUCUGAUUUCUUAAUAGGUGUCAAUAAAUGGAAAUUUUACAUUCCCUUUUCAGAGUUUUUAGUUAUGAUGACUUACUAUGGCGGCCAGUUUGGCAUUGCUUUAGGCUCUCUUAGAGAGUAAUUUUAAUAAUUUUUUUUAACCUUUGAAUUGUUAAUUUUGCUCUUGAACUAUAUAGUAUUCGAUUUACACCAUGAUUGAAGAGAUGUUGUGUUCAUUGUACGUCUAAAACUUUCGAUAUACGAAGGUCUUCUUCAUUUGCUUAAAAAAGUACAUGUGCAAAUUGUUAACUUUAAUGAUAAAUACAGUGCGGUUUGUGUAAGAUUUCACUUUUGCUCAUUUGCAUUGCCUAUUUAAUAAAAUAUUUUCUUUCUUAAA